GAGACCAACCCAAGUUUUUAGGGUGGGGAUCUAGACUGGUUAUACCUACCUUCAGUCCUUCUCCCAGCAAAGGCAGAAACACCUCAAAGCCUGCAUGUUGAACAUCUACUGACAAGUUAUUUUAAUCAGACAUCAGCUGGUCAGGGGGAAAGAAAAAGAACAGAGAACAGACAGCACUCCCCUGGUCUUGGAUGUAAGAGCAGCCAGCAGUGAUGGACUGGCGUUUCAGAACAGCUGCAGUGCUGUUCGUUUUUCUGGUGGUGGUGGAAGUUAACAGUGAAUUUCGAAUCCAGGUAAGGGAUUAUAACACUAAAAAUGGCACCAUCAAGUGGAAUACAAUCAGAAGGCAAAAACGUGAAUGGAUCAAGUUUGCUGCAGCCUGUCGUGAAGGAGAAGACAACUCAAAGAGGAACCCAAUAGCCAAGAUCCAUUCAGACUGUGCAGCCAACCAGCAAGUUACAUACCACAUCUCUGGAGUAGGAAUUGAUCAACCACCUUAUGGAGUCUUCGUCAUUAAUCAAAAAACUGGUGAAAUUAACAUAACGUCCAUAGUUGAUCGAGAAGUCACUCCGUUUUUCAUUAUCUACUGCCGGGCUGUAAAUGCUCAGGGCCAGGAUUUGGAGAGGGUUCUUGAGCUCAGAGUUAGGGUCUUGGAUAUAAAUGACAACCCUCCCGUGUUUUCUAUGUCUACUUUUCUAGGACAAAUAGAAGAAAACUCUAAUGCAAAUACACUGGUGAUGAAACUCAAUGCUACUGAUGCGGAUGAACCCAAUAAUCUGAACUCAAAAAUAGCCUUCAAGAUCAUAAGCCAGGAACCUUCUGAUUCACCCAUGUUUAUUAUCAACAGAUACACUGGAGAAAUUCGAACAAUGAAUAGUUUUCUAGACAGAGAGCAAUAUGGCCAAUAUUCUCUCUCUGUAAGAGGCUCGGACCGAGAUGGUGGGGCUGGUGGUAUGUCGGCAGAGUGUGACUGCAGCAUUAAAAUCCUCGAUGUCAACGACAACAUCCCAUACAUGGAACUGCCUUCAUAUUCUAUAAGUAUCGAUGAAAAUGCUCUGUAUUCAAACUUGCUCCAAAUUAGAGUCAUUGAUUUGGAUGAGGAAUUCUCAGCUAACUGGAUGGCAGUAAUUUUCUUUAUUUCUGGAAAUGAGGGAAAUUGGUUUGACAUAGAAAUGAAUGAAAGAACAAAUGUGGGAAUUUUAAAGGUUAUUAAGCCCCUAGAUUUUGAAGCUGUGAAGAAUCUGCAACUUAGUAUGGGUGUUAGAAAUAAAGCUGAAUUUCAUCAUUCCAUUAUGUCCCAAUACAAACUCACAGCGACUGCAGUCUCGGUGGAGGUGAAAAAUGUAAUUGAAGGCCCAGUGUUCCGUCCAGGUUCAAAGACAUUUGCAGUAAACAGUAGGAUGGGACAAAAUUAUAAACUGGGAGAUUUUGUAGCUACUGAUCUGGACACUCUUGGACCAUCAACGACUGUUAGAUAUGUAAUGGGAAAUAAUCCAGCCAAUCUGCUUGCUGUUGACUCGAAGACAGGAAUAAUUACUUUGAGGAAUAAAAUUACCUUGGAUCAAUAUAAUAUGCUCAAUGGAAAAUAUGAAGGAACAAUUCUGUCUAUAGAUGAUGGUCUUCAAAGAACUUGUACUGGUACAGUUAUUAUGAACCUAGAUGGUGAUGGCUGGGAAGUUCCUGAAACUACUAUAGCAGUUACCCCUGCUGGAGGUGAAACUACCCCAAAUGGAGGUGGAAAUACCAUUUGGGGACAGACUGAUGAGUGGGGUGUUGAUGGUGGAACAGGUCAAAGAGAACCUAUCGAAGCUGUGCCCCUUUACCAAGAUAAUGUGCAUUUUGGUCCUGCUGGCAUUGGGCUACUCAUCAUGGGAUUCUUGGUCCUAGGAUUGGUCCCAUUUUUGCUGAUCUGCUGUGAUUGUGGAGGUGCCCCCAGUGCGGGAGCUGGAUUUGAGCCCAUUCCUCCUGAAUGUCCGGAUGGAGCCAUUCAUUCAUGGGCAGUAGAAGGACCACAGCCCCAGCUGAUGAAUUUGACCACUAUCCCUGUACCACUGGAUAAUGCAAAUAUGAUCGAAUGUGUGGACACUUCAGGGGUUUACACAAAUGAAUAUUGUGGCAAAGAAAUGCAAGAUAUGGGAGGAGAAGAAAGAACAACAGGAUUUGAACUAACUGAUGCAGUUAAAACACCAGGAGCACGUGAGACAUGUCAAGAAUAUUCUGGAACAUUAAAAAGAAAUUCUAUGAGGGAAUGUAGAGAAGGAGGUCUGAAUAUGAACUUCAUGGAAAGUUACUUCUGUCAGAAAGCAUAUGCUUACGCAGAUGAAGAAGAAGGACGCCCAUCCAAUGACUGUUUGCUCAUAUAUGAUAAUGAAGGUGUAGGUUCCCCUGCUGGCUCUGUGGGUUGCUGUAGCUUCAUUGGAGAAGAGCUGGAUGAUAAUUUCUUGGAUACGCUGGGGCCUAAAUUUAAGAAGCUGGCAGAUAUCACCCUGGGAAAAAGUGUUGAACCAUAUCCAGACCUUGAUCCCUCAUGGCCACCUGAGAGCACUGGACCCAUUUACCCUCCACAAGAAACAGAGCCCCUUGCUAAUGGGCCUCCUCCCACCUCCCCAUGCUACGGCACUACCACAGUCAUUUCUGAAAGCACCUACCCCUCGGGACCUGGUAUACAGCAUCCUAUGCCUAUUCCUGAUCCUCUGGGCUAUGGUAAUGUCACUGUGACCGAGUCUUAUGCCACCUCUGGCACUCUGAAGCCCUCUGUCCACAUUCAUGAUAACCGACAUGCCUCAAAUGUGGUGGUGACAGAGAGGGUGGUUGGCCCGAUCUCUGGUGCUGAUUUCCAUGGAAUGUUAGAGAUGCCUGACUUGAGAGACGGCUCCAACAUUAUAGUGACAGAAAGGGUAAUAGGACCAAGUUCAAGUUUACCCACCACUUUGACCAUGCCUGACCCCAGAGAGUCUUCAAAUGUGGUAGUGACAGAAAGAGUAAUCCGACCCACUUCUGGAAUGGUGGGCACUUUGGGUAUGCACCCUGACUUAUCAAAUGCCCACAACGUGAUUGUGACAGAGAGGGUUGUCUCUGGCUCUGGCGUAACUGGAAUUAGUGGCCCAGCCGGGAUAAUUGGAGGCAGUGGCACAGUCAGCAGUGGCUUUGUUGGCAGUGAAGCUGGAAUAAGUGGUGGUGGCAUCAUGCUGAGUAGUCUGGAAGGAGGGGGGGGCCUGAGUAGCAGUAUGGGGAGGACAGCCACCAUUGGCCACAUGAGGAGCUCCUCUGACCAUCACUUCGGCCAGACCCUUGGAUCUGCCUCCCCUAGCACAGCCCGAAGUCGAAUCACAAAGUACAGUACAGUACAAUAUGCUAAAUAGCCAGGAUCCCAGUACACUUUUUCUCAGCAGUUGUGAUUUAGGUUCAAUUCCCACCAGAGAGCUAACAAUGUCAUUUAAGAUGCACAACUCAGUGCUAUGGUGCUACGGAGUUGUGGAGCAAGGUGUGAAACCACAGUGAGAAAAAUAGGUGAAAAAUAGGUGAAAACAGUGAGAAAAAUAGAUGCUGCUGGGCAAGAGCUCUCCAUAGCAUUUGUAAACUUUUUUGUUAUGUUAAUACUAAUGAAGCCAUUACAGGGAAGUAAAACUUGA